UACCCAAAAUGAUAAACUUGACGAAAUUAAAAGGUUUUGGGCAUGCAAUUAACAGAGUAAAUAUAGAUUGUUGUUUUUUUUUUGCAUUUUAAUUCUGCAAAAAACUGAGUAAAGAGGAAAAAAAAGUGAUUUCACACUGAAAAGGAAUUUCAUUUUUUGAAAAAAAUAUGUAUAAAACCGCUACGCCUUGUAGAAACAAAAAGGAGUAAACAAUGUGGAAUAAGUAUGGGUCGGUUUAAAAGAGAGUCGGCCAUAGUUUCUAGAUAAUAAAAAAAUUCUUAGGUCUUGCUUCUGGGCAGAACCACUAUUUUAAGUUAGUCUGGAAAUGAAGAGUUGAAACUGUUAAAUUAAGUUCACCCUCAGGAAAAAGCUGCAGAAUUUGUUUCAGCACACAUGGUUGUAGCCUUUAAGAAAACGUCUUCUUUUUGCACCGUUUGAAUAUUUCCCAUCUUUGUGUAACUGAUGAAACGAUGAGAGGAAGACAAAGACUGUUGCCCCUUUUUGAGGCCUAUAGCUACUUCCAAAAGUGCCUGGAUUUCACUCACAUUUGUUGCUUAAUCUUGCAUUGGGAUCGUUAACAAUUGUUUAUGUGAUAUCUGCAUCAGAGAGGGACCUUAACCGUGUUUCUACAAUAGAAGCCGAACAUAGAGGAUGAAUUUAAAACUUAGACCUUUGGUUCUGUGGUACCUGAGCUACUCUUAAUGAUACUCCGAAGAAAUUUUGCCACACGUAUUUGCAUAUUAAGUUAUAUAAAUGUGAGGGCUAUUAAGCAUAAACAACCAGAUAGGUAAGUUGUGUGAGCACCUUGAUAUUUGCUUCAUCAAAAACAUUUCGAGGAAAAAAAGUGCUAAUUAUGCUGUAUUUACCUCUAAAGUCAGAACAUAGAUCUAGAGAUGAAAUCAAAGUGGACUUGGACAGUAACUGUGCUUCGGCUCAGUUUGAAAAUCAUUUAGACCCAGGCUAAUUAUCAUUAACAGCACAGGCCAAUAACAUUUAAUGUCUUUGCAUUUUGCACGUUCAAACACCCUAGCAACAUAUUCCAUAAAGAACACGGUUGAGUAAUGUAUUUAAAAGAUUUAAUGAGAGAAAAAACCCCUUGGUGAAAAUGAACUAAUUUUACAGUAGCUAUCACCAAUGCAGUUCAGCCAUACUGGAUUCUGAGGGCAGGGUUGGUGAGAAACCAACUUUGAACUAGUUUUUUUUUAUUUAAGUGGACAUUUCUGUUUACUUUCCCAACUUGAAAUUUUAACCUCGGAAUAAAACUCGAGCACAUAAUUAGAUUGCAUCUCUUGACCAGUGAUUCAGUGUUAAUGGAUUGGAAAGGUUUUGUCCUAUCUGAAAUUGUCCUGAUCCUGUUGCAGCACUAUUUUAAAAUCUCUGUCAGUAUGGUUGUACUUGAAUAACAAAGCAUUUGCUGUUAUGAAACAUUUACUUUUAACAUUUACUUGUUAUGAAACGUUUGAGAACCACUGCCCUAGAUGAUUAACUAACUGAGUAAAGAGAGAAUCAUAUCAUAAUAGAUAUCUGAUUACUGUAAGUACUGCACAGCACCAUCUAACUCACCUCAAAUGCAACAUGAACUUUGAUUGCACUAUUUCUGUGUCAGAGUUAAGGGGGAGGGACCUGGAUUGGAUCUAUUUCUCACUCUGUGAACAUGUUCUCACACCUCCUAGGCGGAAUUUACUGAAAUGGCUGUUUUACACCUACUGCUGGGUUUGCUUGGUAAAGCCCUCUUCCUGCUGUCUUGUCUACUUUUCGUUGCCUUCCUGGGUUACUGCUUGUACCUCAAGUACAUUCACAUGAAAUAUGACCACAUACCAGGGCCACCGAGGGACAGCUUCUUCUUUGGCCAUUCACCAACAUUUUUGAGGAUUAUGAAAAGAAAUGGAGUAGUGCAUGACAAACUCCUGGAAUGGUCUGAGACAUACGGACAUGUUUACAGGAUAAAUGUUCUGCAUUACGUUAGUGUGUUUGUGACCUGUCCAGAGACAACAAAGGAAAUUCUGAUGUCCCCAAAGUACCCUAAAGAUAGAUUUGUCUACAAAAGACUUUUUAAUCUGUUCGGUCAAAGGUUUUUAGGCAAUGGCCUGAUAACAACUCGGGACCAUGAGAUGUGGUACAAACAGCGCCGGAUCAUGGACCCUGCCUUCAGCAGCUUGUAUUUGAGAGGCCUAAUGGGAACCUUCAACGAGAGAGCAGAGAAACUGAUGGAAAAACUCUCAGAGAUAGCUGAUAAUAACACAGAGGCCAACAUGCUUCAACUUGUCAACUGUGUCACGCUUGAUGUUAUUGCUAAGGUUGCUUUUGGUAUGGAGUUAGACCUCCUGAAUCAUUCUUCACCCUUCCCCAAGGCCAUUGAGACUUGUCUAAAAGGGAUGGUGCAUUACGUUAGAGACGCCACAUUUGAGUACAUUCCCUGGAAUAGAACAUUCGUUAAUGAAGUGAGGGAAGCUUGUCGCUUACUGCGCACAACUGGAGCUCAGUUGAUCCACAAGAGAAAGAUCGCCAUAGAAAAUGGAGAGGAUGUUCCAAAAGACAUUCUCACGCAGAUCAUCAAGACUGCUGCCACAGAGGAAAUUAUGACUAAAGAAGACGAGGAGUUUAUGUUGGACAAUUUUGUAACAUUUUUCAUUGCUGGUCAAGAAACGACAGCCAAUCAACUAGCGUUUUGCAUCAUGGAACUUGGAAGAAAUCCUGAAAUCCUGGAGAAAGCAAAGAAAGAAGUGGACGAUGUCAUUGGGAUGAAACAAGAAAUAAGCAAUGAUGACCUCGGGAAGCUGAUCUAUCUCUCACAGGUGCUGAAAGAGACACUGAGGAUUUACCCUACUGCUCCAGGAACAUCCCGUGACAUAGAGGAGGACAUGAUGAUCGAUGGUGUCCACAUACCAGGGGGAGUCAGUUGUGCGUUCAGCAGCUAUAUUGCUGGGAGAAUGGAAAAGUUCUUCAAGGACCCUCUGAAAUUUGAUCCAGACAGAUUUCAUCCAGAUGCUCCAAAACCCUAUUACUGCUACUUUCCCUUUGCUCUCGGUCCACGGUCGUGCCUGGGUCUGAACUUUGCUCAGAUGGAGGCUAAAGUGGUGAUGGCAAAACUGCUCCAGAGGUUCGAUUUCAGCCUUGUCCCAGGACAGAGCUUUGACAUCCAGGACACUGGGACGCUGAGGCCAAAGAGUGGAGUGAUCUGCACCAUCAAACACAGGAAAUACAAAAACUAAGCGACGUUAAUGCUUAACAACAGAAAUCACAGUAGUCCUUGUGAUGAAACUGAAUUGCUUGGUUAGGUUUAUACUCUUGUCUAAGCCAACAGAUGUUUAUAUUUAACAGCUAAUUUCUCUAUGUAUUUUCAUUUGAUCAUACAUAUAAUAAUCGUUCAGUUUGUCAUAUAAUUUUUAGGUUAUUUUGUCAACCCAAAGAUUUUAUCUACAUGACUGAUAAUGUUUAUUUUGGGUUCAGCAUGCUAUUAGUUCAUAAAAAUUUGACCAUUACUGACAAUCUACACAUGGGGGUGCUGUGAUAAAAGCUGAGUAGAAUUGCUUUAACUGCACAGGACGGCAAAACUCCAUUAGAAAAAUGUUUAAAUGGAAUUGCACAGGCCAACGUUCAGUAACAAUGAUAACUUGUUCUGCAAAUCAGAAAACCUAUUAUUUUCUCAUGGCAUGUAGUAUGGACUUUGUGGUUUGAUUUACACAAAUGGAUUAAACCAAAGACUCAAUUUGUCACUCCGUUUUCCGGGACAAUACCACCUUUGGUUCAAUUCCAUGGUAUUAAUUAAUGCUAUUUUGUGUAUAUUCAUUUUUGUUGAUGAAAUGUUUAGUAUCUUGUUUAAAUGCCUCAAGGAUAUUACCUUGAGAGCUGUUUAACCUGUUAUAAGGAGAACUUUUGCUUUGUCUAGUCAGAAUGAUUUGGCAGCACUACUGUGCACAUGUCCAAUGCUGUAAAAUGUAUUCUCCCUUGCAAAGUUAUAAUAAAACUGAUUUCAGUGACAA